UAUGUAUAUAUAUUUCAUCUGCCAUAUUUCUUGUUUCGAUACAUACAAUUGAUUUUCAGGAUGCAACAAGCAAUUCCAUACAAGUCUUGGCCUCUGCCAUGCAUCAGCACCACUUCCCAUGGUGCCCCAUCAUCAACAGCAGUUGGUAAGAAUAACAACCUCGUAAUAAGCAGAGGCCGAGGAGGAAGAGGCGGCACGAAAGACGUGAUCAAUAUCGUAUCGGAGAACGCCGUGAUUGUGUUGGCGAGGAAGGGUUGUUGCAUGAGCCAUGUAGUGAGGCGUUUGCUGCAGGCUCUGGGCGUAAACCCCGCGGUUCACGAGAUCAACGAGGUGGACGAGGCCGGUGUCUUGAAUGAACUGGAGGCGAUCUGUAAAGAUAACGGAAAUGAUCGGAAAAUGGUUCAGCUUCCUGUUGUGUUCAUCGGCGGGAGAUUAUAUGGGGGAUUAGACAAAGUUAUGGCUACUCAUAUCAGCGGGGAGUUGAUCCCUGUGUUGAAAGACGCCGGUGCCUUGUGGCUUUGACUUGUUAUACAAUGUUUAAAUGGAUAAUUAUUAACCCAAUUGGGAAUGUAACUUUGUUGCUAGAAAAUACAAAUCUUAUUACUCA